AUGGAAAAAUCGAAAAUUAAGCAACGCUCUAGUUUAACGAUAACUUCGUCGAACAAGAGUAUUGCCGAUACUAAGAACACCGCGUCUCAAGUGAUUCAUUUCGGUUGCCAACUACAUUCCGGAACUGAAUUAUGGAAUACCUCUUAUUUUCUUUCGAUACUUUUCGAACUUCUCGAUGAAUACAAAGACAAGACAAAUGAAGAAUCCCGUUUGACCGCUUUUAUCCUUUGUCGUCUUGAUGAAAUUCAUUUCAACAGACGAAUUCCUAUCAAACUAAUCAUCGAAAUACUAAAACACUUUACGAACAUCCGAAUGAAAAUUCUUCUUCUACUAGAAUUGUUAAGUAUUUCAGAGCCGAUCGACUGUCCUCGAGCACUUAUGUUACUGUGGCAAUUCUCUGCGUAUGGUUAUCUGACAUUAUUCUACGUUUUGGAUCGACUAAAAUUUUCGAUUACUGAUAAAGACCUCGAAUGGAAAUCAUUAUUAACAAUUUUCGAGCCAUUGGAAAAUAAGAAACAUGCGGCAUAUAUUCUAUUAGACAAAACGAACUUUUACAAACCAAAUCAAGCAACGAUUGUUUUUGGAUCUAAAAAACUUACGCGAUAUUUUUGA